UCCCCUAAGUUCUGCGUCGGUCAGGGGUAGUUUUCGAGUCUGGCAUCUUCAUAAUCAUCCCCCCGGCCGGCCAUGUUUACCAUCGAUCGAUGAUUAACCAUUAGUUUGAAUUGGAAUAUUAUUUUUUAUGUUUUAUUUUACGUAAAUUAACGCCUUGGAGGGUGUUUUUUUGCUCAAACGGUAGUUUGUCAAAUUAGGAAAUUCGACCCAACGAUGCGGUAAUAUCGACAAUGACCUCGGCCGAGGUUGAGUUUCAGGUGUUUCGUCAUUGUUUCGUCUCUGAUGACGAAUAAAUGGUCAUACAAUGGAUUGCAGAGAUUUGCAUGGAAGAACGAUCUCACCUGGGCUCCAUUUUGUACCAGGGCCAGAUGCUUGCACAUUGUGCGUAUGUGAUAACGGUGCUCCUAAAUGGUGUAAGGCUGUCCUUUGCUCCCCUCCACAAGACUGUAAAUCAUUUAGAGUGGGAAAUUCCUGUUGCGAAUUCAUUUGCUUAGAUGACACAUUAGGCAAAAAUGAUUCGGAACACGAUUUCAAUGCAGAUUUAGGCCUUCGGCUUAUAGCUACAGCAAUUACUGCAAUAUUAUCACUUUCAUUACUUGUCUUUCUACUGCACAGGUUGCGACAGCGAAAAAUUAGAGGGAGGCAAAAUAGGGAGUUGACUGAAGAAGAAAGAAGUUUGGGAAGUAUUGGUUAUAUAGCAGGUAGUUUAGGGUACUUACCAGAACCACAUUUUGAAGAAUCUACUGCUCACUAUCCUUUAUGGAAACCACCUGGGAGUGGUUAUUACUCAAGAGGGGAAGCACCUCCUCCUUACGAAGAAGCUGUUGCUGCUGCAAGAGCUGAAGCAGCUCUAGCAAGAGCACCAGGACCCAGUGUGGCAUCGCAAUUGCACACUCAGCAUAGAACAAUUCCUGUGAAUUUAGCCACCAGUGGUGCAAUUAUUCCAACAGUAACUCCUUUGUCAGAGCAGUUGCCAGUCCAACUGUCGUUGCCACCGGCGACCAUCUCACAGCCAACUAAUGUUAGCCGAAGUGUUUCUGAACAAGUUAGUCAUAUAGAAGAGCUGGAUGAUUAUCGAAGCGAAUGUGAAAACUGUAAUAUAAGUGCUCAACAGCUCACUGGAGGAUUAGAAUAUCAAGAAGAUCUUCAAACGAUGACCUUGCAUAGAAGAACUCAAGAAGCUGAUCAACAAGCCUUCUACAGAACCUCACUUACACUUCCGACUCAGUGUAGAAAACCUCAAAGGUGCAAUGGAGUCCAAAGUGGAGUGACUAUGUCAUGUGCAAGAGAAAAUUGGUUCAGCAGUAUGCCAGCUUCAUCUUCAUCUGAGGAAGAAGAAGAGUAAAUUGUUGAAGUUUGUCAUUCUUAUUAUCACGAUAAAAAAAAAAGUUAAUAGGAAAAGAAUAUGUCCUUUUUAAAAUAUUUUUGAUCUAGUCAAGUCAGGUCAACCAAUUUGCCGAUAAUAAUUAAGUUGGUUUUAAAUUAAGUUAGAUUUCAAAAACUUGUAGGUUUUCAAAUCUGAAAAGAUCUCCAAGGGAAUGCAUUUGAAAAUCAUUCACAGCUUUUUUUCGUUAGCAGACAGUUAUGACAGAACGAUGACUCAAGCAACUGCAUUAAAAUUUAUUUUUGAAAAGUUUGCUGUUUGAGUUAGAUUGAUUAACAUUUGGGCAGAAAAAGGAAUCAGUGAGGCGACCUCCUUAUUGCCAAAAGUACAAAAUUAUUAAUUGCAAAAACAUCCUGGCAACUAUUUGACUUAUUGGAUUCCAGUUGGUACUAUUUAAAAAAAUUUCAACACGCAGAAUUUUAAAGCUUUACAUUAACGAAUAAACAUUUCCCAUCAUUUAAUUGAAAAUUGUUCAUCAGUUUGUCACAAAAUGGCUUAAAACAUUUAAAUUAAUUUUGAAGGCCUAAUUUAGAACAGAGUUAGUAUAUUUUUAUUUAAUAAUAUUAUUGUUAACUUAGAAAAUUACGCUUAUUGCUUUAAUGAACUUCUUUUAUGUGUUGGUAAGUGAAAUUCAAUAUUCAUGUUUACUGGCUGUGAUUAAGUUUGACGAAAUCAAGCUAGAAAAGUAUUUUCUCUUAAAUUUUUUCAACUAGCCAUUUAUUCAGGUUUGAUUGUUCAAUAUUUGGUUUUUCAGUAACUACAAAAUGAAAAAAGUUAAUUUGUUUUUUGAUGAAUGGUAAAAAAAAGAGAAUUAGAAAAAUUUCUUAAUAGUGCGUUAAAUUAUGUAUAAAUGAAUUCCUCAAACAAGCUGAAUUAAUUUGCAAACUAAAAAGCUAUAUAACUAAAACAUUGUUAAAAUAGAUGGAGUAACCAAUUCUUGAAAGUUAUAAAGCCCAUUUCCGAAAAAAAAAAAAAAAAAAAAAAAAUGACAUCUUAAGUACCAUAUAAAAUAAAAAUGUUGGUACUGAUUGUGAUUAUUGUAAAUUAUUUAGUCAACAUGAAAUACUAAUCUUUGCAAACUGUGUUUUCGUGUACUACAAAAUUUUUCAAUAGGUUUUUCCAUGUCAUUAAAAAUCAGCAACAUUUGUUGGUUUGCUGAUGGUGUAUUGACAAAUAAAGCAUAUCCUGUUAUAAGGAUGUCUUUAUGUCCCAACGGUACGUUGGAUGUGGAUGAAAAUCCAAAGCUGGAAUCGGACUAAAUAUCAAGAGCGAAACUCAGGUGCCCUAACAUUCUUGGCCUCCAUGGUCCCGUGUUUGUUUAUUAUGGUUUAUAUAUUUUAAUCAUCUUGGUGUGCUAAUAUCCUUGAAGAAAAAAAAAAAAGACACUGAUAUAUAGAUUCAUAUGUUGAUUUAAGUUUGAAGCAUCGCUUCAACAUAUAUCAUGCAUAAAUCCAUUUUUAAACAAUUUAAUACCUAACUUAAUAAAUGUAGUUUCUAAAGGUAAAUUGAUACAUGUGUAAAUGUUUAUUAUGAAAUAAAAAUUUGAACUUCUCCCAUGCCUACGAUUCAGAAUGUGAAAAAAAUUAAAGAACAAUGAUAUAAACAAUAAGAAUACAGAAAACAGUGUUCAUCAUAAUGAAGUUGUUCUAUUAAGCAACAGUAGACAGUAGAUAAAAAGUUUAUUUUAACCAAACAUUUUGUUAAAAAUUUUGGAUUUUGCAUUAAGAUUUAAAUGUUUUUAGAACGGUUUUUUUUAAUGUUUUUAAUUAUUGGGCAUUUUUUAAAUUGUAAACAAAAUUUGUGCGGGAUGUAGGAAGUGAGAACAUUUUUGAAACAUUGCCAUGUUAUACAUUGUUCCAUUGGGGAUAAAAUCAUAUUUUUAACUUCUUAUAAAACAAUAUUUUUAGAUUUUAAAAUUUUUUCUACAUGAAAAUUGUAUUUGUAAGACAUCGAAAAACUACGUGGGAGGAUUAUGCAUAUUGGCUCUUUCAUUCACCGACUGAUCAAAAACAAAAAUCCAUUGUUAUUUUGUCCAUGUUACAAGAAAGGAAAUCAUGUUGCACUACUGGGACCAGUAGGCUUUUAUGAUACAAAUUUAAUGGUAUAUUUUAAUUAAUUUUUAUGUUCAAAUAAUAACUAAGAAAUAUAUGCAAUCAUUAUAAAUUAAUGUAAGUAGUCGGAUAGUAAAUCUGAGUAUCUCAAGAAUGUUAUUUAACUGGAAAUGUAUUUGAUGAUGCAUCAAAUAUUAUUUAUGUGAUAUUUCAAAGUCAUACUAUAAUAGAAAUAAUUUAGUUUUUACAUUGUAGCAAAUCGAGUAUUAUUAUUGUACCUAAUUAAGUCAUUUUUUACUAUUUAUUUCAGACAUCUAGUGAUUGUUGUUAGUAUGUGAUUUAUAUAAUUAAUUUAUUUCCCCCUUUCUCAACAUCUACAUCAAGGUAUUGCCGUUUUGUUUCUUAAUUAUUUGUGAAGGUGCCAAAUGUUAUAAAUGCUCAAUUGUAUGGUAAAACGUUGAAUUAAAUGUAAAUAACAUAGCACUGCGUAGCAAUUUAAAUAAGAAACAAAAAAAAUUAUAUUUGUGAUUGUAUAGUUAAGUAUUUAUUUGGCAGAAAUAAAAGUGUUGUGAGAAAGAGAGUGAAAAGUGUCAAACAAUAAGUGAAGACUGUUAAAAACUAUGCAUAAAAUAUGUGUUUUAAAAUUACUAUAUAAAGAAAUUGAUUGAUUAAAAGAAUAUACAAAAAAAGAGACAUUUAAUUGAAAUGUUAUCUGUGAGACCUUAAACACUAAUUU